CUUAUCUACCGGCCGACAUGUUCUAUAUUUUUGCUGCAAUAUUUUGUGUUUCCAAGGUAGUUUGUAUGAACGAGAUGUCGGAAGAGAGCUGCGAGACGUUACCGUCCGAGAUACACAUAACGAAGGAGGAAUAUGAUGAGCUGGGACGAUUGGUCAGAACUUGCAAUGGAGAGAUAGCUGUAAACAAAUGUGAAGGGUCAUGCAAAAGUCAGGUCCAACCCUCUGUGAUAACACCUACAGGAUUUUUGAAGGAGUGUUACUGUUGCCGAGAAAGCUUCCUCAGAGAAAGAGUAAUAACACUGACACAUUGCUAUGAUCCAGACGGAAUGAGACUGACAAAUGAAGGCAACAACGCCAUGGAUGUCAAACUAAGAGAACCGUCAGAUUGUAAAUGUUAUAAGUGCGGUGAUUUUAGCCGCCGUUGAACAAUUUAAGUACCUACAUUUUUAAAAUUCAACGGAGCUUUUUUCAUAAUUUCGUAGCCUGCAGGGUUUCGCACUAUGAAAUGAGGACCUUGCAUACAAUUGUGAUUGCGAUAUAAUCGUUGUAUCGUCAUUCAAAUACAUACUUAGCAGUGUCAGAUUUCAUGAAACCAAGAGCUCAUACUCCAACAUAAAAAUAUGCAAGUCCAUGAUAUCUUUCAUGGAUUCUUGAGAAUGAAAUUUUUAUUGAUUUAACACCAAGACGUUGGCCAAAAUUUGUCAUUAACCUAUGCUUAUAAUCAUAACUGAAAUUUGGAUGUAAAAACUAUAUAUUGCUUUAUAAAUACCACGCUUUUUGUUGGACCAGUGGGUGGUUCAUAAGUUAUGGGCAAUGCAGAUAUUUUUCUACCACUCUUCGUAUCUAUCACUCGUGCGGCAUGAAUUUUGACGAAAAUAAUACACAAUUGUGUCUGCUUUAUUUAAUGUUAAUUGUAAGAAGUGAGCACUUACCACAUAAACAUUAAUCCAUAGGCAAGUUGAACCUCUUGUGCAAUUCCGCUAUUGUUACAUGUUCAGCAUCUGCUACAUACCCCAGAACCACCUACAAAAGCAUUUAAGGACCAUCAAAGUAAGGUGUGAAUUAUUAAUAGCAGCACCGAUAUUUGGUACAAUAACAAUUUGUAUAUUGAAGUGUGAACGUUUUUUCAAAUAUAUUGUCUAGUCACUACUGAACUUUUGGUGUAAUUAUUUAUCGC